AGGGCUAACGCUGCAGAAAGAGGCUGCGUUCUUUAGUCCCAUCCACAAAAUAAGAAACAGACCUCACACAGGGCUUGAUUUUUUCCAGACUCUUCUGCAGUCAAAUCCAGAGAAGCAGAACGGGAAUUACAAGGGAUUUACAAAUACGUACCAUACCAUACACUCCUACGAUGAAGCCUAUUCACCUUCUGGUAUUUGCUGUGCUUAUCAGCGGCGUAUUUUGUCAGUUUGAUUAUUUUUCAUUCCUUGGUGUUUAUGACCCAGCGUAUCUGGCACAGUUGCCAUAUCCAGUGUGCUCUGUUGAAUGCGACUGUCCGGUUGACUUCCCCAGUGCCAUGUAUUGCCACAACAGGAAACUGAAGACAAUCCCAGAUGUGCCAGCGCAGAUAAAGUACCUUUAUCUCCAGAAUAACCAGCUCACUAACAUUCCCAAUGGUGCUUUUGAGAAUGCUACCGAUUUGCAAUGGCUGGUCCUCGACGACAAUCAGCUCACUAACGGUAAGAUUGGGAAGAAGGCACUUGCAAAGUUAAAAUUCCUGAAGAGACUGUACAUAAACAGGAACAACCUGACAGAAGUUCUCCCCAACCUCCCCAAGUCCUUGGUGGAGCUGAAACUGUCAUCAAACAAGAUUUCAAAGAUCGGAAACAGCUUCAAAGGACUUGAAAAUCUGACCACACUUGUGCUUGAAGACAACAAGUUGACAGAUGUCGGUGGUGCCCUGAGCAAUUUGAAGUCUCUGCUUUACCUGGACUUGAGUAAGAAUGAGCUAACUAAACUACCUGAUGAGUUUCCGCCUACCGUGGAGAUGUUCUACAUAGAUAACAAUUACAUUGAGAGUAUUCCCAAGGACUACUUUACUAAAGGCAACAGUCUGCAAUAUCUGCGCAUGGCACACAAUAAAAUAACAGACGAAGGGAUCCCUGACAAAGUCUUCAACAUCACCACGCUGAUUGAGUUGGAUCUUGCAUUCAAUAAUCUGAGGUCAAUCCCUGUUGUUAAUGAAAACCUAGAAAACCUGUACCUACAGGCAAACAAAAUUCAAAAGUUCACCUUGAAUAGCUUCUGCCGGAUUAUUGGCACUGAGGACUUCUCCAAGAUGAGCCAUCUGCGCCUGGAUGGUAAUAAUAUUACUUACGCUAACUUACCCGUAGACAUGGCUCAAUGUCUCCGCAUGGCGACGGUAAUGGUAAUCAACUGAGAAGAAAAGUUUUUGAUUUAAAAUUGUUCAACGUAUAGCGCAAUCUAACAACGUUACAUCUUGUAUCUUCACAUAUUCAUAACUUUUCUAUUGGAUCUUCAGUCAAACAAAACUGACAAAAUAAUGGAAAACAAAUUAAUGUUACAGUAGUGUACAUUAGUAUGCAUCAAUGUACAGUAGUGUACAUCAUGUACAUUAGUGUACAGUAAUGCACAUUAGGUACAGUAGUGUACAUUAGUGAACAGUAGUGUACAUUAGGUACAGAUUAAAGCUGUGCAAUGUGGUAUUGUUUCAAAAUGGAUAAUUUUUUGAGUAAUGGAAUGUAGUUGGCUACCUGCUGUAUAACAAUUCAGACACAGUCAAAUAAAGCUUCCAAAUAAAAAAAACUUCAACUAGUGCGUACAAGUGCAAUGUUAAAAUUGAAUGAUAUUACUUCACUGUUUCGUUUGUAUAGAUUCCCUCAUGCAGAGCCCAGAGCCAUCUUUUGCUGUUCGGUAUACUGAUUUAUAUAAAUAUAUAUUUUAUGUGCACAAGAUCCAUCGGAACUUUAAUUUUAAAAGACUUAGUAAUAUUAUUAUAGGCUAUAUUUCAUAUGAACUUUAGAUUUGAAAAGAUUUCUUAUAAACAGCCAAGAUACAUUUUUUCUCAAUAAUUAUGGGAAUGCCUGGUGCCAUUGUUGUAACUCAGACUGAAUCAAUGAACAUAUUCUAUUCAUGAUUAUUUCACUCUGAUAAAACAGGACUGGAGGAGAAAAGAUGAAUCAUUAAGCAUAUGUGAGAAAAGGGAUUUAUUUGGGUUAAUGGAAAACAAGAAUAUUAUUUUACUUACCAACCAAGCCGCUUUCUUUCAUUAAUAGGUACUCUUGCAUAUAUCAUUUUUAAACAAUGAUAGCUUCUAAAAAUGUUAGAAUAAAUCUCCAUAGUUACAAUUAAAUAUUUUAUUCACACCUAUGUUUUAUGUUGUAAAUUGUGUAUGACAUUUAUGCAUCUUCCUUUGACAAUUUGUAUGCAACAUUGAAUAAUCUCUAGGAAAUAAAGCAUAGUUGAUUAAGUUGCAUUCCUUGUUAUCGCUUUUAGUUUAUCUGUUGCUUCUGCUUGAGUUCCCAGCCUUAAAUCUGCCAGAAUGUCAUUGGAAUGGUUUCACAAUAGUACUGGGUUUGACCAUCUCAGAUCUCUAGAAUCUAUUUGUUGUCGAUGUAUUCUGUCCUGUUCUCAAAUAGGCUAAGAGGUGGAACAGCUUCUGGACACCUCUGGGGUGAGGGGUGGUGAUAUUUACCCCUUUACAAAAAGGCCCUAUUUUAGCUGAUUGUACUGUGUAGCAUGGACACCCAGUAUGUAUGUGGUCUGGCUCAGUCUGUUCCCCAGACUUACCCUCUACCUGACCGGCAAAAUUAUUCAACCUGGUGAAAGCAAAAAACAAGAUUUGUUUCAGAACCUCACAAAAAUCCUUGUUCCAAAAUAAAUGAAAUGAGAGAUGUAUCAGUGACAUACCUUGUAUUUUUAACACUUUCUGAAAAAACAUUUAAUGUUUAUUGAAGACAUUAAAAUAUCUUACCUCCUCC